AUGACUUCCGUUCCUCAAACUUCUCAAAACCAAAGCCAGGCCUCAAACACCAACAGCGCGUCGCAAUCGACCCAGUCGUACGCUUCUACCGCAAAGAAGGCAGUCUCGUCGCCACCUAUCGCGACGAGCUCCUCGACUCCCUCACCCGCCGUGGCUGUCGGAGGUUCUGCGCCGGUACAGCAACAUGGAAAAUCAUCCUCUAUCUCACCGGUGAACGGUAGAGCUUCGAUUCCUCCCGCUGUACCGGCUGUUUCUGCACCUGCUAUUGCCCAUAGUAGCUCUGCAAUUAAUGGUGGUUCGACUGACCACAGCCGUAAGAGUUCGGUUACAAUCAGCGCAAAUGGCCCCGCAGGUUAUGUUCCUAAUGGAGGUCCAGUAGGUGGUUCAAGAGGUGGCAUUCAGUUUGGAUCAGUUAUGGAUUCUCCUGCUGCUACUCACAGUAUCCCACAGAUCUCUCAACCGGCUUCAGCACCAAUUCCUAUUCCAGGAAACAACCCAAGAGUAAUUUCGCCCGCCAAUUCACCAUCUCCUAUCCCUCAACCAGCUGCAAGUGGUGGAAGACCUCCUUCCGGAAUCCAGCAAGGAAACAUGACUUUUGGUAGUUUGGGUAACGAUGGUGACCGACACAUGAGACAAGCAUCCUCUCAAGGACCCCUAGCACCUAACACUCAGGCAGGUGGUCACCUUCGUCGUGAAUCAUCUCAUUCGGCACAAAGUGACAACAAUCAAGGUCCCGGAGCAGGCCGUGGAGGAUAUCAACAAGGUGGUGGACGUGGUCGUGGCGGAUUUAAUCAACAAUACUCGGGUCAUUCUGGUUUUCCCCCCCAAAGUCAACCUCAAUUCAGAGGCAACCAAAAUGCGGGACGUGGUGGCAUGCCUCCUUUCCAAAAUCAAGGCCGCCCACAAUAUCAGAAUUCCCCCCACCAAGCUGCACGAAGCCCGGCCCUUUCCAACUCGAUUCCCAAUACACCAAACAUGAACCAGGCCAUGCCCAUGCAAAGCCCACAACAAUUCAACGCUCAUGCUGCGUACUACCAGCCGUCUCAUAUGGGAGGUCCUCCAGUACAAUCACCCUACCAAUACCCGGUAAACCAAUGCCCUUCUUAUUCCAGCAAUUCUCUCCCCUUUCAAUCUUUCAAUCGUGGUGGUAGAGGCAAGAAGUGGUUUGAUAAGUCUUCAACCCAUUACCGAAAGCCUUCAACAGAACUUUUCGGUCACAACCUCACCUGCAAUGAAGAGCCAUCUUUACGUGGGAGUAACGGUCAAGGUAUUGCCAAAAAUAGAAAAGAGUCCAUCCAGUUGGAGCACCAGGAGAAUGGCUGUCCUGUUUCCAACCAACAGUCGAAUUUGCCAUCACCUCCAGCCAAGGAUUCAGUUAUCCCGAAGAAGCGUGCAGAUCUAAAUUCUACGGACCCAAGCCUCCCCCCUCUCCCUUCUGCUACUCCCUAUUUCCAUGUUUCUUCUGAUGUUUCAAAUAUUGAUUUUUCGCCAGCUUCUGGCAAUUUUGACAAAUUUCUAACAGAUACACAGACUCACAAUGCAUAUGCUCAACCUUAUCCCGGCAUGAUGCCAAUGGGUGGUCCCCCAUCUUUCCAGUAUCCUCAAGUGGGUUACAUGCAUCCCGUUCCACCCCAAUCACCACAGCCAGGUUACCAGCAACCCUAUAUUGCAGGUCAAUAUGCACAACAGGCACAACCUAUGUCUCGCAAUUCUUCCCAGAUGUCCGAACAUCGACCAGCUUCGAGCAUGGGCCAGACACAAACUCCUUCGAUGACUCCUUCCACUUCACUUACACCGCAGCCAAAGCCUGCAACUCAAGCUUCCGCAUUCUCGAGACCAGCUCGCAAGAGUGCAGCUAUCGUCAUCAAGAGACCUGAUGGCGACGUGUUGAAUGUUGAAGCAAUCAAAGCACCUGCUUCUCCAGCUCCUAGUAACAGAACUAGAACACCACCUGUCAUAGCUUCUUCCACCCCAACACCCCCACCGAAGUCUGCUACUCCUCAACAUGCUCGAGCUGAUAGCUUAGCUACAAAGUCUGCUGAAGAAAUUCGUCAAGAGAUGCAAGAGAAAGUCAAGAAAAUGGCAGCAGGUGGCGAUAAGAUCGAUGAGGCCAAGAACGAGGAGGCCACAAAGGCCGCUGAAGCCGCGGCCGCUGCUGAAGCCAAAUUGAAGGAAGAAGAGAAAGCCAAGGAGUUGGCAAAGGCCGCGGAGGAGGCUAAAGCUAAGGAAGAGGCAGACGCUAAAGCUGCCGCCGAGAAGGCUAAGAAGGAAGCAGAAGAAGAACUUGAUCGACAGAUUGCCGAGAUGGAGGCCCUUGAAGCUGAAAGAGAGAAGAAGGAACAAGAGAUACUCGCCAAGCGCGCUGCCGACAAAGCAAAGGAGGAUGCUGAAAAAGCCGAACGUGAGAAGGUCAAUGCGGCGGAGAAUGACCGCAAACUCAGGGAGCAGGAGCGUGAGAUGGAACGUCUCGAAGAUGAGCGUGAGAAGAAAAGAGCAGAGGCGGAAGCAAAGGCUAAAGGUGGUGAUUCUAAGAAGGAUGAGGAGACUCCCGAUACUCUCGCCACCAAACUAUCAAAGGCUACCCUCGAAACCGACAGUGGUGCAUCGACUCCCACUUCCGACGACUCCAUGGGGCCGCCUCCUAAGUCAUUUGCUGCCGAGAAGCGGGGCAAACCUGCUGCACUCAACCUAGCACCUCUCAAUACGAAGCCUGUUGAACCACCUCAACCUAGCGCAGCUCUUCAGUCACUUAAGUCUGCUCGCUUCUUGGCCGUGCUUGAUUCCUCCAUCUAUCCAGCCAACAUUAAUUCACCAAACCCUGCUUUGAACUCUGCCGUUAAUGCCAAGGGCAAGACUUUCAAGUAUGAUAAAGAGUUCUUGCUCCAAUUCCAGAAGGUAUUCACCGAGAAGCCUUCUAUGGAAUUCGAGUCUCAAAUCAAGGCUCUUAUUGGAGAUGACCCAAGCUCUGCCAGACCCGGUGGAUCACAGAGAACACCUGGUGGCAUGGGUUCCAGAGGAUCAAACCGUGGUGGUGGAAAUGCCGUUGGUCAAUUUACCAUGGGUCAAUUUGGUGCUCAAGGUGGAAAGACUCUCCCACCCGGAACCACAAGUGCCGAGCGUUUCGCUAUGUCUCAAGGCAAUAUGCCACGACCAGCACUCAACCCUAUGGCCUCAUUCCAGCGCCCUGGUGGAGCUUUCCCAGGUGGAAAUUCUAUGCAACGAACCAAUUCUACCAACUCUUCCAUGCCACAUUCCCCACGUCAAGCAAGCAGAUCCACUCGUGGUGGUAGCAAGCGUGAAGGCGGUUACCAAGGUAGUAAUGCUAAGCAGGAAGCCCAAGCAGCCGCAAAGAUGCCUCUUACAAGCGGCAUGGACAUUAAGCCUAUUCAAACUUCCUCUACUGGUUGGAAACCACGCAGUGUCGGUCAAACCCAAUCAGCUACCGGUGCUGCUGGACCUGCUCCUGGGGCCGUUCCAGGCGCUGGCCAUAUGGAUCCUGACAUGGUCCAAAGAAAGGUUAAGGCAGCUUUGAACAAGAUGACUCCCGAGAAGUUUGACAAGAUCGCAGACCAAAUCUUAGCUAUAGCUGCACAAUCUAGAGACGAAGCAGAUGGACGCACAUUGCGACAGGUCAUCCAACUUACUUUUGAGAAGGCAACUGACGAGGCACACUGGGCUUCCAUGUAUGCCAAGUUCUGCAAGCGCAUGCUGGAGACCAUGAGCCCUGAUAUCAAGGACGAGAGCAUCGUGGAUAAGAAUGGUAACAUCGUUUCUGGUGGUAACCUUUUCAGAAAGUACUUGCUCAAUAGAUGUCAAGAAGAGUUUGAAAGAGGUUGGAAGAUUGAUUUGCCGGAGAAACCGGAGGGCGAGCGUGAAGAUGCCAAGACCGAGGAAGCUGCUAUGCUCUCAGAUGAGUAUUAUAUCGCCGCAGCUGCUAAGAGACGUGGUCUUGGUCUUGUUCAAUUCAUUGGUGAGUUGUACAAGCUUAGCAUGCUUACAGAGCGUAUCAUGCAUGAGUGUGUCAAGAAACUCGUGGAUUACCAGGGUCUUCCCGACGAAGCUGAGAUUGAGUCUUUGACCAAACUCCUCAAGACCAUUGGUCUCAACCUCGACAGCACCGAGAAGGGUAGACCAUUGAUGGAUGUUUACUUCACUCGCAUUACUGCCAUGAUCGAAACACCUGAGUUGCCAAGUCGACUGAAGUUUAUGCUUAUGGAUAUCGUCGAUCUCCGUAAGAAGAGAUGGGCAUCAAAGGAAGCCAACAAGGGCCCCAAGACACUCGAAGAAGUUAGAGCAGAGGCCGAGGCUGCUGCUGCACAAAAGGCUGCCGAGAACUCCAGGAGUCAAAGAGGAGGUGGUGGUGGACGCUUGCCAAUGGGUCGUGGUGAUGGAAGAAAUUUCUCCGGUGGAUAUGGAAACCAACCUCCUCCCGAUUACCAGAAAAACACUGUUGGUAUGGAUGACCUUCGUCGUCUUACAAACAAAGGUGGUGCAAACCGCCAGGCUAGUCAACAGAUGUCAUUUGGACCCACGUCUAUGUUCAAUUCAAGAAGCAACAGUGGUCGAAAGAUGGGUCCAGGAGGUUCCUUGAGCAGAACAGGUGAAGAUUCAGGAGCUUCAUCAAGAACUGGGACACCCCCACAAGACAAGGAUAGGAAAUCAGCUACUUCCGCAAAUGCAUUUAGUCUACUUGCAGGAUUAGGAUCUGGCGAGACCGAGAAUCCGGCAUCUCCUCCUUCUACCCAUACUUCUCCAGUGUUGUCGAAAUCCACAGCAGCUUCUGACAAGAAGGAGGGUGAUGCUUGA